AGCGAUCCAUCGAAGCCAACCGAAAGGAGCGGUCGUCCGAGGAGAACGCUGCCCUCGAGUCGACCUAACAGCUGCGUGAUGACGUCGCCGCCGCCGUCCAAGAAGGUGGUCAUCAAGGCGUCCGAUAUACCCGAGCAUAUGCAGCAGGAGGCCAUCAACGUGGCUAUAUCCGCCCUGGAAAAGCACAAGAUCCUGAGGGACGUGGCAGCCUUCAUCAAGACUGAGUUUGACCGCAAGUACAGCCCCACGUGGCACUGCGUAGUAGGACGCUCGUUCGGUUCCUACGUGACCUACGAGACCAGGCGCUUCACCUACUUCUACGUCGGGCCGGCCGCUGUGCUCCUCUUCAAGGCCGGAUAGCCGCGGACAAGGUGCGCCCGUAAAAACGCCGCUCGGCCUCGCCUGGGCCAGUGCCAAACAAUGUACGGAUGUUGUGGUGUGCCUACUUGGGAGCAAGAAACCUGUUCUUUCAAUAAAGAGUCUCA